CCUGCGUCCAUCCACUGUGUGGGACGGAAUGACAACCCCCACGAGUGUGCUGUCUCCGUUGCUCUUUCUGGUGACCGUCGCAGGUAGGAAGCCAAGUGGGGCCCGCGGCCAGUGCGCUGAUGGGAGGAAGCACGCCAACGCUGUCCUUCGCCCGACGUGGAAACUACUAGAAUCCUGCGGGGGACCGCACGGGCGCUUGCUGUCACCGGCCCGCCUGUGACCUGGCCUGGUGGGCGGGGGUGCCGCUGCUACCUGGCUGUUUCCUGCCUUCGUGAGGACUCCACCUGCAGGAGAGGAGUUGGGAAAGGAGACUUCUCCCCCCCAGGAACCACCCAGCAAGAGCUCUGGAGACCAGAGAAUCUGAAGAACAUACGUGAAGAACAUUGAAAUAAAUGUGCAACUGGAGGCCAGGCUGAUAUCAGAGCAUAUUUGAAAGAGAUGGUGUAGAAUUCUACUGUUGUAUGAUAUCAGACAUGGUUUUUCCAAUGGCACUGAAUCCAAUUUAUGAGAAAGGUUCUAAUGCCUUCCCGUGAUCCUCCUCCAGCCAGACCGGAGUUGAGCCCAGCCUCCACAGAGAAGAGGCCGGUUCUGGCCCCCCCAUGGAGCACGGAGCAUAGCAGCCUGAGCCUUCCCACUAGCGUCGUCCCCGGGUCCACCCCAUCUGAGCCACCUGUGUCUCCCACCGCUGCUCCCAGGACAGUGAAACAACUGGUGUCCACUGGAGAUAAUCUAAUAACUUUACCAGAAAAUGAAGUUGAACUGAAGGCUUUUGUUGUGCCGGCGCCUCCCGCAGAGACCACGUACAGCUAUGAGUGGAGCUUGCUAAGCCACCCAGUAGACUACCGAGAUGAAAUAAACGAAAGACACAUGCAAAUGCUUAGUCUCUCUCAAAUAACAGGACUUGACGCGUUCAAAGUAGCGGUUUCCGGUGAAAAUGCCUUUGAAGAAGGAUACAUCAGUGUCACUGUUCGGCCAGCCAGAAGAGUCAACCUGCCCCCCACGGCAGUGGUUUCUCCCCAGAUGCAAGCGCUCACCCUGCCUUUGACGUCAGCCUUCAUCGACGGCAGCCAUGGUACAGACGACAUGAGAAUAGUGAGUUAUCGCUGGGAAGGAAUUAACGGCCCCUUCCGAGAGGAGACCCCCGCCAAGUCCCCCGUCUGUCUGUCUAACCUUGUUCCCGGAAACUAUACUUUCAGAUUGACUGUUACAGACUCGGAUGGAGCCACUGACUCCACAACUGCAGUCCUCGUGGGCAGCGGUGCUGUGGACCAUCCGCCGGUUGCCAACGCAGGACCAAAUCAGACCAUAACUUUGCCCCAAAACGCCAUGUGUUUGAAUGGAAAUUGGAGCAGUGAUGAUAAUCAUAUUGUCCUCUAUGAGUGGUCCCUGGGUCCUGGGAGUGAGAGCAAAGAGGUGGCCAUGCAGGGCAUCAAGACACCAUACCUUCAUUUGUCUGAAAUGCAGGAAGGAAACUAUACGCUCCAGCUGAUGGUGAGAGAUUCUUCAAGACAGCAGUCCACUGCUGUGGUCACUGUGACUGUCCAGCCUCAAAUCAACAGGUCCCCAGUGGCCAUGGCCGGCCCGGACAAGGAGCUGGUCUUCCCGGUGGGGAGCACCACUCUGGACGGCAGCAGGAGCAGAGACGACCAGGGCAUCGCCCUUUACCACCGGGAGCCCGUCAGAAGUCAAGCGGCAGUGGAGAUGGGGAAUAGUGACAAGGCUGUCGCCACCGUGAGUGGGCUUCCAGUGGGCAUGCACCGCUUCCGCCUGACGGUGACAGGCCGGUGGGGGCUGAGCAGUGCCAGCAUACUCACUGUGGCCGUGAGGAAGGCUGAGUCCCAGCUCAGCGAAAAUAAUAGCCCUCCCAGAGCCCAGGCUGGUGGCCGGCAUGCGCUUGAGCUUCCCAAUAACCGCAUUACUUUGGACGGUUCAAGGAUUGUGUCCCACCUGUGGAUCCGGGACGGCCAGAGCCCAGCCGGGGAUGCCAUUGGUGCCUCUGACCGCACCGCAGCCGUGCGGCUCACCCAUCUGGUGGAGGGCGUCUACACAUUCCACUUGCAAGUGGCUGACAGCCAGGGGACCGCGGACACGGACACUGCCACCGGGGAAGUGCCGCCGGACCCCAGGAAGAGUGGCCUGGUGAAGCUGGUCCUGCAGGUGUGCGUGGGGCAGCUGACGGGGCAGCAGAAGGACAUGCUCGUGAGGCAGCUGACGGUGGAUGUUCAGGUCCCGAAGAUCCAGGCCCACUCGGGUCUCAGCACCGCGACUGUGUUUUCUGUACAGACCAGGCCGCCGUCCGUGGUUCUCGAAGCUGCCGACGUGGUGCGGGGUCUGCACAGACAGCUCCCCAAGGAGAAGGAGGAUUUCUUGCUUUUCACAGUCUUGAGGGUUGACACAGUAGACUGCCUUCUGGAGUGCUCCGGCCACGGCCACUGCGACCCCGUCACAAAGCUCUGUGUGUGCUCUCUGCUGUGGAUGGAGAACCUGAUGGAAUGUUACCUCCGGGACAGGGAGAGCAACUGUGAGUGGAGUAUAGUCUCCAUAACCUCCGUGGUUCUCACCCUUCUGACACUAACAGGGGGCUUGUCCUGGCUUUGUAUCUUCUGCUGCAAGAGACGAGAGAGGACCGAAAUAAGGAAGAACACCAGGUAUGCCAUCCUGGAUAACAUGGAUGACCAGGACAGAAUGGAGCUGAGGCCCGAAUAAUGUAUCAGACACCGAAGCACGGAGCACAACUCCAGCCUGAUGGUGUCCGAGUCUGAGUUUGACAGUGAUCGGGACACAAUCUUCAGCUGAGAACGGAUGGAGAGAGGGGAUCCAAAAGGCUCUAUGAAUGGUUCCGUCAGAAACGGGGCUUCCUUCAGCUAUGGCUCCGAGGACAGAUGA